ACGAAAGAUCUCGGAGUCGUUUGACUUCAAAGCAAGCAAUCUGGGAAUCUAAUUUUUCACAGCUCCCUUUAGCAAGAUGCCACGGCGGUGUGGCUGGUGCCGCGUGUCGCGCGACUGCGUCCUGCACAUCAAUGUGGUGUUAAUUGUGAUAGGGCUGAUUUUUAUGUUAGACGUGUUUAGCCACCUUUAUCUGCGGUCGACCAUGUUCCCCGACAUUCGUCUAUACCCGGUGGUGAUACGGGGUUGGCUGUUCUGGAUUCGUGGAUUGACGAUGCUCUCCUACAUAUCGGAAGCUAUCCUGGGCAUUUGUAUGGCCAAGCAACCUAGCCUUAUUAAGUACGGAAGCUACAUACUGGUUGGUCUCGUAGUGCUCCUUUACACUGUAAGCAUUGCGGUGACCCGCUUCAUGUACCGCGACAGAUUCGAAUACUUCGCCCAUUUGCUCGUCUACCAAAUGUGGCUGAAGAGAACCCUAGGAAAGAUUGAGGCCGAAUUCAGUUGCUGUGGCAUGGUGGGAGUAAUCGACUACCAGACACCGUCUGCAAAUCGCACUUGGGACAGUGGCUCUUGUUGCAGCGAGCCGAAUUGCCCCGGUUGCAAUCCCAAGGUUGAGGAGUACCUAUGGACUAUUGAGAUGGAUGUGGCACGCGACAACAUAAUCGUGUCAGUAUUUUUGGCGUUGGGCAUGAUCGUCAUGCUAAUGCAUUUUCAUGAUGUCAAUUUUCACGAGGACCCAUUCGAGGAUGAUUCCGUGGAUACUACUGAAGCUACUGAGGAGGAAAAGAAUAUUUUGUUUGGAGAGGAGCCCUCACAGCCUUCGGACCGUAACAGUGAUUAUUGGAGAAAGUAAUGACUCUUGCCUGUUCUGGUCAAUUGAACUUUAAUUCAUUAUGGACCCCAUUCCCCUAUUUCCAACUCUUGUUUAUUCUUUUAUAUGUGGGGUUGUCGGCUAACUUGUUGUGGCCCAUUAAUUAGGAUGCUAGAACGACCCCGGAAUCCUCCAUCCUCUAUGCAUUGGCUACACUUAUUUUCGUACUUAAGAAAAUGCCAUUAAAUAAUAUAUAAUGACUUCGAUUUCAGUCUUAAAAGGAACAAUUAAAUAUGCUUUUAUAGCUUUAGCUGCAUUUAUAUGACUCACUCCUAAGCCUAAAAAAAACUCUUCAUUAAAUACCAUUAAAAUUUUCCCACAA